CCUGUCCAAGGAGCGCCACCCGCCUCCUCCCCCAGCCUAUGGCGGCAGCCACGGCGCCCGGGGGUCGGACUGGGGGCGCGGGCUGGACCUGGCGGCCAGUAGCCCGCGAUGCGCUUGUGGCUCGGGCCUUUCAUUCAUGCACUGAACUGGGGGGUCGGUUCUAUCUGGUGGGGGGUCUCCUAGCAGGUGGAGCAACAGCGCCCAGCAGUGACACGGUGCUCUUCGACCCGGCGGGAGCCCAGGCCGUGCUCUUAGGAGUCCGGGGCAGUGCCCCGCGCAGUCACCACGACGCGGCACCGGUGGGCGGCCGCUGGCUCUGCAUCGUGGGCGGCUGGGACGGGUCACGGCGCGUGGCCACCGUGGCUGCGCUGGACACGGAGCGUGGAGCAUGGGAGGAUUGGAAACCGGCCCCUGGCAACUGUUCCCCUGCUGGCCUGAGCAGUCACACGUGCACCCGCCUCUCAGACCGAGAGCUGUGGGUGGCGGGCCGAGAGGGCGGGGUGCGUACUCAGCGACGCUUCGGAAGCAUCUACAAGUUAAAGCUGGACCCUGCCACCCGAACCUAUUGCUACAAGGAAGAAGGCUGCCGCACAGCCUCUCGCUCUGGUCACUGUGCUGCCCUGCUGCAAACACCUGGGUCCCACCCAGGUCAUCAGCUUUUGCUCUUUGGGGGCUGCAAUUCAGCUGAACCAGAAGUAGCUGGGCAGUGGAGUCAUGGGAAGAUUAAGUCCCUUCUUUCUCCCCAAGGAACAGCUACCUGCUGCCCUUCACUUGACAGAACAGCUUGCAAGGCUUGUAAGCAGCAGACAAGGGUCCCCACAGGGGCCUGGUGGACUGCGGCAUCACUCCUGUUCUGUGGUUGGACCCUUUGCUGUGCUGUUUGGUGGAGAAAGUCUGACCAGAACUAG